AUGUUAUGGAAACUUCUAUUAUUCUCGUAUCUAACAAUCGUUGUCAGCGGCUUGGUUGGAGUUGGUCGACAACAAUCAGUGGCUGUCAGCGGACGAUUGAUUUGUGAUGGAAGACCAGCGGCGGGUGUUAAGAUCAAGAUGUACGAAAAGGAAUUUUGUGAGUUUUUCUCAUGAGACAACUGAUAUAACCUUCAAUUAUAGUCCUCGAUAGAAAAAUGGCCGAAACCUACACCGACGCAAAUGGGCAAUUCCUCAUAACAGGUCGAAAACGUGAAAUCUCAACUAUCGAUCCAAAAGUCAAUGUUUAUCACAAAUGCAAUUAUAUGGGACUUUGUUACAAAAAGUUUGGAAUAACCAUUCCUGAUGACUAUGUCACGUGGGGUUAUCAUCCAGAUCGAACCUAUGAUAUUGGAACUCUCAAUUUGGCUAAUAAAUAUACCGGGACAACUACUGAUUGUCUUAAUUAA